GCGCGUGGUGGUGUCUCGAGCAGGGCAGGGCUGCAGCGGAUCACAAUCAGAAGGACUGCCUCGCGCUUCUCUCUCUAUCACUCCUUUAUUAUCACUGUUCCUUUAUCUCUCUCUCUCUCUCCUCUCUCUCUCUCUCUCUCUCUCCCUCUGUGUCUCUCUCUCCCCCGUCUCUCUCUCUCUCUCUCUCUCUCUCUCAGUCCGGCCAUGACGGCGCCGUUACCGACCGUGUCCUAUUCAGCCCCCCUCCUCCUCCUCCUCCGCUGAUUUGGCUCCGCGGUGAGACGCGAGGAGAGCGCGAGGAUGUCGGUGAAGGCGAAGCAGGGCGAGGCGGUGAAGGUGGUGGUCCGCUGCCGCCCGCUGAGCCGCAGGGAGGAGGCGUGCGGCUACGACAGCAUCGUGUCGGUGGACGUGAAGCUGGGCCUGGUGGCGCUGCGGAACCCCGGCAGGGCGACCCCCGACGAGCCCCUCAAAACCUUCACGUUCGAUGCGGCGUACGACGGAACGUCCCGGCAGGGCGACGUGUACGAUGAGGCGGUGCGGCCGCUCGUCGACUCGGUGCUGCAGGGCUUCAACGGCACGGUGUUCGCCUACGGACAGACCGGCACCGGCAAGACCUACACCAUGCAGGGCCAGUGGAUGGAGGCCGAGCGCCGCGGCAUCAUCCCCCGCUCCUUCGAGCACAUCUUCACGCACAUCUCCCGCUCGCAGAACCAGCAGUACCUGGUCAGGGCGUCCUACCUGGAGAUCUACCAGGAGGAGAUCCGGGACCUGCUGGCCGAGUCCAAGGAACAGGGCAGGAAGCUGGAGCUGAAGGAGAGUCCAGAGUCGGGCGUGUACGUGCGAGACCUGUCGUCCUUCGUCACCAAAAACGUGAAGGAGAUCGAACACGUGAUGAACGCAGGGAACCGGGCGCGAUCCGUGGGCUUCACCAACAUGAACGAGCACAGCUCGCGCUCGCACGCCAUCUUCACCAUCACGGUGGAGUGCGGGCAGCCCGGGCCGGACGGACGCAGCCACAUCCGUGUGGGCAAGCUCAACCUGGUGGACCUGGCGGGCAGCGAGCGGCAGGCCAAGACAGGGGUCAGAGGGGAGCGCCUGAAGGAGGCCGCCAAGAUCAACCUGUCGCUCUCGGCUCUGGGUAACGUCAUCUCGGCGCUGGUGGACGGCCGCAGCUCCCACGUUCCUUACCGUGACUCCAAACUCACCAGGCUGCUCCGGGACUCACUGGGCGGAAACGCUAAGACCAUCAUGGUGGCCACACUGGGGCCGGCCUCAUGCUGCUACGAGGAGACGCUGACCACGCUGCGCUACGCCAGCCGCGCCAAGAACAUCAAGAACGUGCCGCGGGUCAACGAGGACCCUAAAGACGCGCUGCUGAGGGAGUUCCAGCAGGAGAUCGCCCGGCUCAAGGCGCAGCUGGACCGGCGUGGAAUGCUGACCGAAAGGAAGAGGAAGAGAAGGCUCAGGCAGCUGAAGAAGAGCGAAGAAGGGGACGAGGUGGAGAACGAUGAGGAAGAUGAGGAUGAUGAUAAUGAUGAUGAAGAUGCUGAAGACGCUGAAGAUGAUGACGAGGAGAGUAUGGAGAAGGAGGCGCAGGAGUACAUGAAGGAACAGCAGCAGAAGCUGGAGCGGGAGAAGGAGGCCAUCAUGGACGACUGCUCGCUGGUGACUGAGGAGAAGCAGAAGCUUCUGGAGGAGAAGGAAAGGAUGAUGGGAGACCUGAAGAAGGAGCAGGAGGCCACCGCGCUCCUCACCGCCAAGUUCAAGGCGAUGGAGAGCAAGCUCCUGGUUGGAGGAAAGAACAUCAUCGAUCACACCAACGAACAGCAGAAGAUGCUGGAGCAGAAAAGACAAGAGAUCGCCGACCAGACGCGUAAGGAGCGCGAGAUGCAGCAGCAGAUGUUGGUCCAGGACGAGGAGACGCUGGAGCUGAGAGAAACUUUCUCCUCCCUGCAGCAGGAAGUGGAGGCCAAGACUAAAAAACUAAAGAAGUAUAAAAAGCUGUAUGCUAAGCUGCAGGCAGUGAAGGCGGAGAUUCAGGACGUUAAUGAUGAGCACAUUAGAACCAGACAGGAGCUGGAGCAGACGCAGAACGAGCUCACGAGAGAACUCAAGUUCAAGUACCUGAUCAUAGAGAACUUCAUUCCCCCGGAGGAGAAGAAUAAGAUCAUGAACCGGCUGGUGUUUGAUGCUGAGGAAGACCAGUGGAAGUUCCAGCCUCUCGUCCCCGCUGAGAAUAAGUUCACUCAGAUGAAGAAACGACCUGCCUCCGCAGUGGGCUACAAGCGACCAAUCAGCCAGUUCGCCAGGGUUGCCAUAGCGAUGGGAGCCCACUCCAGAUACAGGGCUGAGAACAUCAUGAUUUUGGAGCUGGACAUGACUCCGCCCACCCUGUUUCAAAUGGACUUCCCAAAGGCAAACUCAGAGGCGGAGCCAAGCCGAGACGUGCUAUUGGACAAUGCUUCAUACAGAGAGAAAACAGCGGCCAACCGGGUCAGGAAAUCUCGGUCAUGGUGCCAAGCUCCGCGGCCCAUUUCCACCUCAAGCUCCGCCCUUUCUCUGGCAUCCUCAGGGUCCAACAGCCUGCCACACCCCCACAGCGCCGCCACAGCAACAGCCCAACAAUGAGACUCCAGGGACCUGCACUCGUCGGAUGAGCGAGGGUCAGUCGUCCCGCCCCCUUUUUUUUUUGCAAAAUAAAACAGAAUAUUGGCGGAAAGGUUCACUCCGUUGACCCGGUCAGGAGAGGACAAACCCUUCAGCCUGUUCUCCUCUGCUUCAAAACACUAGGACAAGGAGCGCUCUAGGACUAAUUUAAGUACCACACCCUUCAUUUUCAUCUCUUUUCUCUCGCUCUUUUCAUUUCGGUCAUGACCCUGCUGGGCUCCGAAUACCUGCCGUAGAUGGAUCGGUCAUCAUCGAUUCAUCCCUGCCUCUUCCAACAUCAGGGGUCAGUUUAAUUUAAUUUAAGUUUUCUUUGCUGCCUUUUUUUUAAAGCUUGACUACUGGACAACCUCAAUAUGUUUACUACUGAUGUGCUGGAAAAAAAGAAAACACUGUAGGUCCUAUCAGUGGUUUUCAGCUGGAAAACUGAAAAGAUCCUAGGAAAUAAUUCCGUAAGCACCCCGGUAAGGAUGGACAAUCUUCUUCUCUGGACAAACACUGAAGAGGGUUUCACCGGAACCGAAGCGAACAGAGCUCUGCGACUGGCUGGCUGAAUCCCCGCCCGCCGCUCACUCCUCUGUGUGAUCUACUGUAAAGAAAAGAGCGUUAAACGAGAGACGGAGGGACGGCGGACGAGUGCCGAAGCCGUUCUCUCGUUCUCGAAGCUCUGCCUGCAUGUUUUACUGUGUGUAUGUGUCCUAGUGAUUCGGUUCAGGGUGGUGGAACGGGGUCUGGAUUCCAGUCGGCUGGAUUUGUGUUCUCGAAGUUCUACAGUGAAGGGUUCUAGAAUAAGAGUUCUAGAAUGGCCAGUGGUGAGGGUGUGGUCUAUGCGUAGAAUUAAAACAGAUAGAAUAGUGGAGCGCAGUUGUCCGCCAGUUGACCUGUCCGUGCUCCGCCUAUAACAUGUUGCUAAGUUGGAUAUGCUUUACGGAAAAAAAAUCCUCUCCAAUCUAAUGAUAAAUAUUCAAAAUAUAUGAAUUAUUCACCGCUGUUUGUUUCUUGUGAUUACAUAAUGUCUAGUUUCCAGUUUGAAACGCUACUGACUUUGUUGUGGCUAAUCAAAAGUAGGCAGGCUAGCCACAACAACAUCGAAUGUGACACCAUGCUAACGUUAGCUAGAUUACGCAACAAAAACAACAGUGCUGCCACAGUAAAGAGUCUCUAGAGUGAGAUUUUCCAGUUAAAAGCCUUGGAAAAUCCCCUUCUGAUGAUGUAUUUUGGAAAUAGGAGGAACUUCUGGAAAAACUACAGCUGCUUCACAGGAGGCCGAAUGCUAACGCUAAGCUAAUGCUGCUAGGAAACAGAACGUCUUACUGCAGCUGCAUAAUUGUAGGGCCAGUGUCCAAAACAGCACUACAGCGGAGAGUAUCCAUUACUUAAACGACAGAAAUGACCCGUCAGACGAGGAGAACAAGCCGAAAGCUAAAUUAGCUACCUGGCUAUCUAGUUUACCUCAGUUUGGCUUCUUUUCUCAGGCCAAACAACGUUGUGCUGAAUAACGCUACAACGACAAAGGCAAGAGUUACGCUAAGGCUAGCUCGGUUGUAUUUAUCAGCUUAUACAUCAGUGGCUAGGCUAGCAGUCAGGUUAUGUGACUGGGUAUUGUUAGUGAAGGAACAUUGAUGAACUGGAAGUCGAGAAAAUCGUGAAAAUUGAGGAUUCUGUCGAUUUGUUGAGGCUGAGGGUUUAACGCUAGGCUACAUACGCCUACAUAACACGACAAAUAACAUACUAUAGUACAAUUUCUCAUUAGGUUGAGUGAGAUUUUUGCCAAGCUUUCCUUAAAGCUUUAAAAGCUGUUAAAAGUGAAAUUUGCCACAGCAGAAGGCAGUGGUGGCCGGAGAACUGGAUGGGUCAGUUUGUGAACAAUUAGCCACGAAACAAUGCAAGCAUCUACUAUGCAGUCAGAAAAGGUGAACUGAAUUGCUGAUGUGAAAAGAAGACGAUGUUUUUGUUGAUCCCAGUAAGAAAUUACUGCCAUGCGUCAAACAUCUGUCUUCAUGAAGCAUUAACAUCCCAGUUAGCCUGCUUAGCCAUUAUGUUAGCCAGGCUGCUAAUGCAGUUACUGGAGUUGCAGUGAGGGAUUUUACAUUGAUGCUCCGAAAUUGUGGACAAAUGGCUCCCUAAAUGUUGUCCUAAAGGUAAAAUCCACCGUUUUUGUUUUUUUUUGUUUUUUGUUUUUUCAGAAGUUCCUCGUAAUUUAAUCGUUAAGAUGUAAACAGAGAAAUUCAGAGUGGUCUGAUAUGAAAAGCUCCGUUUAAGAAAACCUUGCCGACUCAUUUUUUACAGUGGUGGUGAUAGGAACCAGACGUCUGAAGUGUUGAAUGCCUCUGUAAGCUCCCUCACAGAAAGUUAGCACAUGAGAUGAUGGUGAAUGUCUAGAACAUUGCUUUACGAUAGUUUUGCAAUAAGGUAUUGACUUAAAAUAUAUUUUUUUAUACAUAUUUAUGAUGGACAGGUGCAUGCAGGGCGCUGAGAGGCAAAAAAGGCCUCCAUUUUUUUUUUCCAUUUUACUACGAUCAACAUUGCAUAGACAAAUUCAGAGGACGUGUAGGUUUUGGAUAGAAAAUAAACGGAUGCAUUUGUGGUGAAGACAUGGCAACCCCUGGUUCCCAUCACCACCACUGUAAAGAAAUCUGAGUCAGUAAGUUCCUCUACGCUCUUAAAAAAAGGUGGUUCACAGGUUCAAGGG